AUGCCUAUAUCUUACCCGAUCAGCGAGUUCGUCGUGGCAGACACAGGUGUCUUUUGGGACAUUGCUUAUUGUCCCAUCCCUAAUGGUCUCACUCCAGAAAAGAUUUAUCACAAUAUCAAACUAGCUCUCAAGAAUAUGGGUUACUAUGGAAAAGUGUCUAUAUAUGUUUACGGUGAUGAGAAUCUUAACCCAAAAGAUAUCGAAACAACCGGAAUCAAGUGCGUAUUCACAGGAGAUGAACAGACAAGGGUUGACAAGAUCAUACACGACCUUACCUUUUGGGGAAUACGCAAGAAAAAAGAGGAGAGACGAGCGAAUGUGAUGCUCAUCGCAGGAUCAAAAGCAAAAGACCCAAUUUACGUUAAGUUUCUUGGCUAUUUGAGAUCGAUAAAUACUAAUAUUCUCUUGGCACAGCCUGAGAAGUUACCAAACCCUAUUGAUGAAGCAUCGGGAUGGCUACUUCGUUAUGUAAGUGAAGUGUGGAUUUGGAAUAGCCUAGCAGCUGGAGAGAAGCCUAUCUACGGAGCGGACGCUUACUAG